AUGAAGACAGUAAUGCGUCUCUGUAGCCCUAUCAAUGGCAUAAUCAGCCGUCCCAAACCAUCGCGAUGGCCUAUCACCUCUCCCCUCCACCCCUGUCAACACAGACAUACAAGCUCCCUCUCAUCCCCAUCACCACCACACACAUUCCCCACAACAGGAUACGAACUCCUCAAUCACAUCCCCAAGCUAGAAGAAGAACCUCUCCCUGACUACCGAGCCGAGCGAUUCUACCCCGUCCACAUCGAACCAACAACUACCUACCUAACCCUAAAACUCCACGGCCGCAGCACCCAACACACCCACCUCCCGGAGAUCCUCAUAUCCAAACACCUAAAACAAACCCACCGCACCAAAUCCGAACAUAGUAAACAUGUAGGCCAGAAAUACACCCGUCUCAUCCACGACUCCUUCGAGAUCCAAGGCCCCCACGGAAUCCACCCAUGUAUUCUCUACCAGCCAUCCGGAAUGGACAUCUGCGAUUACAUCCAGUGUCUAGAAGACAACGCAUUACCGGAGGACCUUCUCCGCGUAACCAUCCGGUUUAUGCUCAUUGCGUUGGAUUAUCUUCAUUCGGCGAAUGUGGUUCAUACAGACAUCCAACCAACCAACAUCCUCCUAGGCAUCGAAGACACCUCAAUCCUCACCGACCUAGAAGAGGAAGAACUCAACGAGCCUGCUCCGCGGAAACACCUUUCGGAUGAUAGAACGAUCUACGCUACUCGCGGAAUGCCCUUCACGACUGGUGAACCUAUGCUCGCUGAUCUGGGGGAGGCGAGAUUACUUCUUCCCAUUGAUACGGGCACGCAGACUAGUGGUUCUAUCAUCAUGCCGGGGUUAUAUAGAGCCCCGGAAGUAAUGCUUAAUAUGGAGUGGGAUGAGAAGGUGGAUAUAUGGGCUUUGGGGCAGACGACAUGGAGCUUACUCCAAUCAACCCACCUCUUCACCAACACCCCACACCUGAUUACACAAGAUGACCAUGCUCGUCGCUUCGCAGAGAUGAUAGUCCUGCUUGGGCAUCCACCUGUUGAGUUUCUGGGUCGGAGUGAGGAGAGUUGGAGGUUUUGGGAUCGAGAUGGUAAUUGGAAAAGCCACGUAGAGAUUCCAGGAGGCUCUCUGGAUGAUCGAGUGACGCAACUCGAGGGCGAUAGUAAGAGGCUUUUUCUGCGGUUUCUGCGGAAGACGUUGAGCUGGGUCCCCGGGGAGAGGCCGAGUGCGAGGGAGUUGUUGAUGGAGGAUGAGUGGGUGAGGGGGGAGGAUUAUUGA